GACUGAUGCCAAAAAUGCCUACUGUUGCAACACUUUCAGCAAACCCAUUCCAUUAACAUUUACCUUCCUUCAACUUUUGCUUGGUAGGUGGAGCUUACCUGUUAGAUUUGCAUAAGCAGGAUGUACGUACACAUAAAUGUUUAGAUGAGAGAAACCGUCGGAGCUUUACUGCCAGUUAGGGCGACAGAAAGGUGCUACUUGAGACUGAGACUGCUACUCUGCUAGGAUUUAUUACUAAUCUCUUGUGGACAGAGGAAAAUACUUGGAAUAAGGUGCACAUUGCAUUGAGGAAGGCUUUCCUCUUCAGGAGGAAGCUAGAACGAAAUAUCCCAGUCUCUGUAGGGACAAAUCCUGUCAGGUUCCCCUGCCCACCUCUGCCAUGCCUCUUUUGCCUUUCCUGCACCCAUGGAGGAAGAAGAAGAGGAGUCGUCUGUGGCCUCCGUGCGAAAUUGGAACCUCUCAGAAGCCCAUCAGUCUUAGCCAGCAGAAUUACCACACUUUGCUGGAGGAAUGCUUUAAGAAAGGAAGCCUGUUUGAGGACGAGUUCUUCCCAGCCGAUAUUAGGUCCAUUGGAAAGGGGCCGUUGCUCCAGAAACUACCUCCAAGGUUGCUGUGGAAAAGACCACUGGAACUGCAUAGGACCCCAGUGUUUUACGCUUCAAACAAAAAAAGGCUUGCUCUGUGCCAAGGAGUGAUAGACGACUGCUGGUUUCUGGCUGCCGUGGAAGCGUUAUCAUUUCAUCCAGAUAUCUUGUGUCAGGUCGUGCCCACGAACCAAAGCUUUGAGAGGAAGAAGUAUGCUGGGAUAUUCCAUUUCAAGUUCUGGCAUUUUGGUGAAUGGGUUGAUGUGGUGGUCGAUGACCGACUGCCAGUGAACGAAGCUGGCCAGCUUGUUUUUCUCACUUCCGUUUAUAAGAACCUGUACUGGGGAGCUCUUCUGGAAAAGGCUUAUGCCAAGCUGUGUGGCUCUUAUGAAGAUCUGCAGAUUGGGCAAGUGUCAGAAGCUCUGGUGGACUUCACAGGUGGAGUUACUAUGACGAUCAAGCUGUCUGAAGCUCCGCCUGACCUCUGGGAUAUCAUGACAAGAGCAAACUACAGCAGAUCUCUGAUGGGUUGCCAGACACAGCCAGCCAGGAGAGUGGCAGAAAGGCAAAGAACAGUCCUGUCGAAUGGAUUAGUGCGUGGCCAUGCAUACACUGUGACUGGCAUUCGAAAAGUGACUUGCAAACACGGACCCGAGAAUUUAGUGAGACUGAGAAACCCCUGGGGGAAAGUUGAAUGGAAAGGAGAUUGGAGUGACAGCUCUGGGAAAUGGGAGCAGCUCAGCCCAAAGGAGAAGAUUUUGCUGCGAAAGAAUGAUGACGAUGGAGAAUUCUGGAUGUCUCUGCAAGAUUUUAAAACCCAUUUUGUGGGCCUGAUGAUCUGCAAACUGACUCCUGAUCUCCUGAGUAAGGAAUUAGGGAAGAAGUGGACGUGCUCCACGCAGGUUGGCAAAUGGGUCAAAGGAAUCACAGCCGGGGGCAGGAUGAAGGCGCACAAAGCUGCAUUUUGGAGGAAUCCCCAGUACUUGCUGAGAGUUCUGCAAGGCAACGGGAGCAAAACGUCCUUUUACUCCUGCAGCGUGUUGGUGUCCCUGAUCCAAAAGCGCAACGACCAUCACCGGAAUCGGAUGCCUCACCUCCAUAUAGGCCUCUCCGUCUAUAGGCUGCACAAAUACCAGGACCUUCAUAGAAAACUGCCUGCUGCCUUCUUUGUCUGGAACACGCCCCUGAACAGGGCAGUCUUUGUAAAUGACCGUGAAGUGACGCAGGAUUUCCGGCUCCCGCCAGGGGCCUAUGUCAUUGUCCCAGCCACUGCAGAACCCAACCAGGAAUCAGACUUCCUCCUGCGGGUCUUCUCCAGGAAGCACAGCCUUCAUGAAUUGGGUGGUGAUUCCAGCUGUGUCCUUUCAAAGGAAAUAGUUGAUGAACAUGAAGAUUGGCAAGAUUUCUUCACUAAGUACUUUGAUCAAUAUCCUGAGAUAAAUGCAAUCCAGCUGCUGAGGAUUUUGAACAAUGUGGCAUGGACGAAGCUUCAGAACCAUGGCCUGAGAUUUAGCCUGGAUGCCUGCCGGGGUAUAUUGGCCCUCUUAGAUUUUAAUAACACUGGCACCCUGAGCAUUCAAGAAUUCAGAUGCCUGUGGAAGAAGCUGCUUCAGUACCAGGCAGUUUUCCAGAAAAAUGAUAUUCAGCAAACAGGAACCUUGGAUCAAGCAGAGCUGCAAGCAUCUGUGCAAGAAUUAGGAAUCUCCCUCAGCAAUGAACUCUGCAAGCUGCUGGUCAUGCGAUAUGGGAACCCUGGCCUGAACAUCACCUUUGAGAGCUUUGCCUGCUUCAUGCUGCGUGUAGAACUCAUGAUGGAGGCCUUUCACAAUACGAGUAAAGAUGGCAAAGGAAUAUAUCUUCAAGAGUCCGAGUGGAUGAUGAUGACUCUUUAUUCAUGAAGUAAAGCAAAGGAGAAGAGUUGAGCUAAUCUACCUGGCCCCUUCACAAGGACAGAAGUGACAUCCUUUUAUCCAUAUAUGGGGACAUUUUGAGUCCAGCUUUGUGGAAUUUGGAAGAGUUUCCUUCAGCUCCAUUGAUGUCUCUUGGGACUGCUUGUGAGUGCAGCAUGGAUUAUGGCCAGAAAUCAUAAGGUCAUGCUUCUAGCAUAUUGGCUGAGGCUUCUUUAAAAAGCGCUUCCCUUAGAAGAAGGGGGGGGGGGAGAAAUCUGAGUUACUGAUCAAGCAGCUGCGUGACAAUGAAGACUGUGGUGUUAAGUCAUGUGUCGUUUCAAUUCGUUGAGGAGUAUCUGCUGUUAAACCAGGAUGGAAUAGUUAUAUGGCUGCUGCAGCAAGGAACAGUGAGCAAGUGAACAAAUGCCAAGUGGCCUAAAAGGCCUUGCAGCAGCUCAUUUCCAAGAUGCACUUGCCUGAGCUGUAAGGUUGGCUGUGGAGCCACUGCUCUCCAUCUCAUCGUGGCAGCUCAUACAGGCAGUUAAAAGAAGCAGGGCCUUUUCAGUGGUGGCCCCAAAGCUUUGGAAUACCUGGUAGAGAUCUGCUGGGCUCUUUAUAAGUGUCUUUUUAGGUAUCUGUUUCAAGAAGCUUUGGACGUCUGGUUGAUCUUACGGGCUGCUACUUUUAAAAUGAUAUGGUUAUUGUUGCUAAAACACUGUUUUCAGGUUGUUUUUAAAAAUGAGUUUUUAUUAUAUUUAUAAUUUUGCUUAUUCUUGUAUUUAUUAUUUUGUAAGAGUUUGUAAUAGACAAGCCUGGAUAAAAAUGAAGAACAUUUAUACUGACAGUCCUUCAGAUUGUCUGCAAAGGUUAGGGUUCACAUGUCCUUUUAGGUCAUUAUGGAGUGCCUUCUCCAGGCAUCCCACAAUGCCUCAUCUUCCCUUUGUUUCCAAGCUUAGCUUUGAACGUUGGGCGGCACUCCCCAAAUUUCUUUCUUCUCCAUUUGCAUUUCCAUUUGGGGCUGGAGUAAGUAGCUGGCCUACUUAACCGUACAGUGUAUUUAUUUAUUUAUUGCUAUUUUUAAUUACUCAUCAUAAGCUUAUCGGAAAGGGUAGGAUAAUGAAAACAGGCAUGCAAGAAUCUGUGCAGUCCUUUGGGAUUUGGCAGAGAUGGUCACAAGAACUGUAGUUUGCCACUUUCUGUUGCUUCCUGGCGAGCAAACCACUGUUAUCCUACAUUUUUCAGCUGAGGUCGGUGAUAAAAUUGCUAUUCAGUUCCCACUGCCUGCACAUGUUGCUUUCAGAGCAGAAUCAGGGCCUAAACUUCACGCUGCAAAACUUUUUUAUAUAUAGUUCGUAACGUAUUGCACAGGUUAUGAAGGAAACUAUGAGAUAGCUCAGUGAGACUCUUAACAUGGGUAUGAGUCCCACGUUGGGCAAAAGAUUCCUGCAUUGCAGGGGGUUGGACUAGAUGACCCUCGUGGUCCCUUCCAACUCUGCAAUUUAUAUGAGUCUCUGGUUCUAUGGAAAUGGCUAUAGCCAAGUAUAUAUGUUCCAAUGUGCUCCAUCAUUUUAUGUAUCUGAUUUUUGUACGUUUGUGCAUUGCCUCCUUUUAACACAACUAAGUGUAAUUGCAGCAUUAUUGUGUGACUAUUGAUUGUUCAUGCAUCCCGAAUAAUCCCCUUUGCUGAUUAUUCAAUAAAGUUUUUAUAACGCUACGUAGCACUGAGAUGUGUGAAAAGAGGUCUUCGUGAACUCAUUGUACGCCUUAACUCGUACAAUGCAAACUCCGUUCUGCGGAUCCCAAGGAAAGUGUUCUUGCCAUGGUGCUUUCCUUGACAUUUUUGAAAAUUUUAUAUACGGUAUCUAGCAGAGAAACACUUCCAGAAUUCUGAAGAUAUGGCUCCUAUUUUCUGUGUGCAUGGUGGCAAGCAGCACACAAUCUAUCUGGGGCGGGAGGGAUGCAUUCAUUUAUAUUGAGAGGUACUUCUACGCCAUCACACUUUUCACUGGGUGCAUUAGCAGAAAGAACUACAAGGACACCCCUGUUUAUCUGGAGAGCUGGAUGAGAAGUCUUUCAUGGAGACAGAAGAAUGAUGUGGAAAGCAGAGCAUACAACACAAUGAAUAGAGAAGGCGGGCUGAUAUUGCAAUUCAUAAUAUAGAGAUAAGGAUUAGUUUGAGGAUCUAGCCCCCAAGUUGUCAGAAUACAAAAGAGUUCAUCUUGUGUAUGUAUAAUACAAGUGGAGGCGUAAUAAAAUGAAUAUGGAA